UAUUUUGAAGUUGAUGUUGAUUCGGACAGAAGUGCUGUCGUGAAUGGUUUGCUUUGAAAAUAGCUCCAAGAACUCAUUACAAAUAUUUACUAUUAUUAAUAUUUUAAAUUCUAAGUUUGAUAAUGGAUGGUCUUAUUGAACCAUAUUUAAUUAAAGCUAUCAGUCUUUUGCAUUCUAGUGCUAAAGAUUCUGGUGACCAAUUGAAAUCUAUGUUGGAUGAAGCCAUAAGAUUAAAGAAUGAAACCAACUCUUCUGUCAGCAAGUUGCCACCACCUUUGACGAUGAUCAAAAGGGAAACAAAGAAGAAAAGUGACUUCUUCAUUGAUGAAGAUGUUCCUCUCAGUAAAAGAAGGAAGGAAUCUCCUCGAUCUUCACAACCUUCAUCUCCAUCUUCUAGUGUUCUUGAGAAAAACAAGGAAUCUAAGCGAAAACAUGAUAACAUGUUCAAUGAUGAUGAAGUUGUUCCAAAGAAAUUCAAAGAUUCCCCUCGUUCUUCACAGCCUGGCUCACCAGCUGGGAGUUCACCACGAAAUUCGAGAUCUCCAAGUGUGGCUCGAAAAAGCGACGACCUCGAUUCUUUGAAUGACGCCGAUGACUUGGCUCAGGAAAUUAUGGAUCUUCACUGUGUUAUUUGCACUGGCCUGGAUGUUACUUCUGGAAAUCAGCUCGUAGAGUGCCAAGAAUGUCACGGCCUUUAUCACCAGGAAUGCCACCAACCGAAUAUUAGCGACGCCGAAGUUAACGAUCCUCGAUCCGUCUUUUUCUGUUCCGAUUGUAGCAAGUCAAUGAAAAAGACCGCUAGUCGACCUAAAUCAAGUAGCAGUAGGGAAAGUCCCAUCACUUUCUAUAAAAGUCGAUCUGACUCUCCGAGUUCCGUGAGUGGCAAAAGCUCAGCCGGCCUGGUAGUUAACUUCAGCAAACAGCAAACCUUGCCCCAGAAGCCAAAUGGCGGCAGCGGUGCUUCAAGUAAGUCAACAAGCUCAUCGAGCAGCAGUAGCAAUUCUUCAUCUGGAAAUACUAUUGGCAACACAUCCCUCAUUAACGCCGAUAAACGACUGCAGAACAUUAAGAAACGGGCUGCCACAAAAUUGCAAGAAAAACGGAAACCUGGAAAAUAGUCGGUUGUAUAUUAAACAGGCACCAUCUUUCCGUGUUGUUUAUUUCGGAUUCCAUUCUCUUAUACAAUUUCGCAAAAAUUAUUUUUUAUUUUUGGCUUUUUUUAAGUCGAAUCCUUGGAUAAAUUGCCUGUUAGAAAAAAGAUAAAAUUUUGUAAAGUUAA